AUGGCGGCUUAUGGUGCAGCGGCUUCUCUGAAGAAUACGAUUCAGCGUAUUCUAGAAUCGUCUCGCAUUUCUCUCGUUUCCCACUCUCCACAAAUCUUACAACCUGCCUACGACCAGAUGGAUCGCUUGCAGAAAGUUCUGCUCAAAUUGGACGAGACCAGCUGCAGCAAGAUCAGGACGAAGGUGAAUGCUGUGGAUGAACUCAUAAAAGAGGCAGUUUGGGAAUUCGAAGAUUUACUUGAAUCCCAUGUCUUACAUCAGAUUCUUCCACUACUUGAAAGCGAGAGAGAUCACUUGUCAUUCUCUGUAGAUCUGCAGAGUCUGGAAAACCGUGUUGAUUACUUCGUCGAGAUGGUGAUGAUGAUGGAGGAAGGGUACAUCAUUGAAAUGGAGAAUAUGCCUGAAGAAGAAGGCGAGCCUAUUUCCUCAAGAAUUGAUUUUGGUGGAAUCAACUCAAAGAUGGUUGGAUUAUCUGAUGAAUUUGAAAAAGCCAGAGAUUAUCUUCUUGAAGAAAGUGAGAAUUGCUAUUCGCUUAUUGGGAUGGCGGGCGUUGGAAAAACAACUCUUGCUAAGCAUAUUUUUGAAGAUCCAUCAAUUCAGAGUCAUUUUGAGUUUCAAGCAUGGGUUAAAAUGGGCAGAAAAUGCGAAUUCGAUGAACUAUUACGAUGCGUUCUAGCUCAAGUGGAUCCCAAAGCUUACGAAAUGCUUAUCCAAGGAGAUGAUAAUGAUGGGGAAUUAGUUGGACUCUUGAAACAAAGAUUGAAAGAUAAGAAAUGUUUCAUCGUGUUGGACGAUGUUUGGGAGACACAAGCAAUAAAUCGCAUGACAAAUUGCUUGAAAGAAGAGAAUAUUCUUGGAGGAAUUCAGUUCUUACUCACAAGUAGAAGAAGUAAAAUAUUCAUGGAGAAUGGGUACGAAAGAUUGCGCUUGUUGAAUGUAGAAGAAAGUAAAAAACUACUAGGUGAGAAGGUGUUUGGUGAAGAGGGUUUCCCUCCUCAACUUGACAAACUGGGAGAGAAGAUUGCCAAGAAAUGUGAAGGCCUUCCUCUCAUGAUAGUCACGGUUGCAGAGCUCCUAUCGAAAGCCGACAAGACCCCAGAAUACUGGACUGAGCUAUGA